AUGAGCGGUAACUUUGGCCACCCGUCUCCUCCAGUGUUCAUGGUUGAUUCUGGUGGAUGUCAUCCUCAACAGCAUCAGUAUUACCAUGAGCAGGUGCAUGGACGGACAGAUCCAGCCCUGGUACCCUGCUGGACUUUUCCCCCUGCCCGAAUGGAGUUGAAGAGAAGGGGCUGGGGGAGAAUGAAUUUUGGGAUGGCUUGGAUACUGACUUUGAUACUCCUGGUGGUUUUUGCCGCCCUGGGACUGGGAGCCUACCAAAUCCUGAGAUUACAGACUGAACUGGAGAGGCUGACACAGGAAAUACCAACAAAAAUUCAGAGUUUCUCUCCACAAAGACAAGUUGGCCCAAAACCAACAGAGAUGGACAAGACCAAAAAAAAGGCAGCUGCACACCUGAUAGGCUGUGCAACGCAGAGCAUGUCAUCUAGAACUCUGAAAUGGGAAGCGACACAUGGCGAGGCCUUCACAGAUGGCAUCAAGUACAGCAACGGCGGCCUUCAAGUCAGUGAAAAUGGCUUGUACUUUGUUUACUCUCGUGUGGAGUUUGUUGCACGCACUUGCAGUCCCACGGACUCUCGCACUCACAUUGUCUUUGUUAAGAGAAAUGGCUAUGAGCGGACAUUCAUGGGAGAUCAUCGAGAUGGCUUCUGUUUGGCAGGGAGCAAGCAGCCAUGGAUGUCUGGCAGUCAUCUCAGCUCUCUUCAAAAUCUCAAGCAGUCGGACUGGCUGUUUGUCAAUGUGUCACACCCCCAUUUGCUCAGCACCAACUAUCAUCAUAAUUAUUUUGGCCUCUUCAAGAUCCACUGAUCAUGGCGGUCCUGAAGGUGAAGAUAAGGGGAUGUUUAGAAAGGGCUUAGAUCAUGAAAUUAGGUUAAGAUUGUGAGUUCAGAUAGAGAUCAGUGCUUUUUUUGGACUCUUUCUACA